AUGAGGCUGACACCCAAGGACAGUAGAAAACCAGUAUUUGAGUUAGAAUCUGUCUGCUCAAAAAUCGUCAUCUUCCAAAAGUAUAGUGUGCAAAUUAACCUGAAAGAAAAAAGCCCAAGAAGGAAUUCAAGUAAAAAAGAGCUUUCCAAACUCCCUAUGGAGAACUUCAAAGUAACAAUGAUAAGGAUGUUCACUAAACUGAGGGAACCAAAGAAGAGAGAUCCAACAAGGAAAGAGGAGAAAGUACCAGAAAAUUUCUAUCAACAAGGAAUUAUCAAGCUGAAGAAUAUAGUGAGUGAACUGAAAAAUAGAAUGGAUAUGUACCAUUUGACUCAGACUGUGGACCAGUGCAACGGCAGCACAGUGACAGAAUUUAUCCUUGUGGGCUUUGAGAAGAGCUCUCCUUCCACACGAGCAUUAAUCUUUGUCCUCUUCCUAGUCUUCUACAGCCUCGCCAUGGCCAUGAAUGGUCUCAUCAUCUUCAUCACCUGGACAGAUCCUAGGCUCAACAGUCCUAUGUACUUCUUUCUUGGCCACCUGUCCUUUUUGGACAUCUGCUUCAUUAGCACCACCAUCCCACAGAUGCUGAUCCACCUAGUGGUCAGGAAUCACAUUGUUUCCUUUAUGUCUUGCAUGACCCAGAUGUAUCUAGUCUUUGGUGUGGGUGUGACUGAGUGCAUCCUCUUGGCUUUUAUGGCCUAUGACCGCUAUGUUGCUAUCUGCCACCCUCUUAACUACGCCCAAAUCAUGAACCAGCAGGUGUGUGUGAGACUGGUGAGUACUUCCUGGUUCUUUGGACUGGUCAAUGGCAUCUUUCUAGAAUAUAUAUCAUUCCGGAAUCCCUUCUGUUCAGACAACCAUAUAGAAAACUUCUUUUGUGAAGCUCCCAUAGUGAUUGCUCUCUCCCGUGGAGACAUACAGUUCACCAUGAAGAUGAUCUUUCUCGAUGCUAUCGUGGUGCUUCUCAGUCCCAUGGCACUCAUUGUCAUCUCCUAUGCCCGCAUCCUGGCUUCCAUCCUUGGCAGAGCCUCCUCUUCAGGUGCCCGGGGGAAGACCUUCUCCACUUGUGGCUCCCAUUUGACUGUGGUCAUCUUUUUAUACUCCUCAGCCAUGUUCUCUUACAUGAAUCCCCGCAGUACACAUGGCCCUGACAAAGACAAGCCUUUGUCCCUCCUCUACACUAUAAUCACCCCCAUGUGUAAUCCCAUCAUCUAUAGCUUUCGAAACAAGGAAAUGAAGGGAGCCAUGGUGCGGGCCCUUGGGAGGACUGGCCUAACCCAGGCAGAAUCUGUCUAA